UCCAGAAGUUCAGUGGGCACUUGGGAGGUGUUGGCAGUCCUCUCCAAGCACCCGCUCAGCCAGGGACUGGAGGACCGUAUCUUGAAGAAGUCCCAGGAGAGGAUUUUGGUCAGGUUAGGCUAGAGGGCCUCUCAGCUGCUCGUUGGGAUGAUGAGCGCCCAUGCCCGUGUUUGGUGAGGCUGUUGUGAAGAAAGGACUUUGUAAUCCACAAAGUACAAUCUCUCUACUAGCAGCUUUGAUGCUGCUUCUGCAUAGCUUCCUUUGAUGGUCUGUGUUCCAACCAGAAUGUUCCCGCAAGAAUUCCAGAGUGUAAUGCCCUUCCUCAUCAUCUCCACCUCUUACACUCUUUCUUCAAGACUCAGUUCAGGCUUUCCCUCCUCCACGUGCAUGUAGCUUCCUCUGCAGAUUUGCCAGGUACUCGUGCUUUCCCCUCUGAAAUUACUGAGUUUUUUGAGUUUUCAUUUCUGUCAGUAUUUAGGGUGCAGGCAUCCCCUUCUCCUCCAGGAUGAUGAGGCUGCUUGCAGACAGCUUUUGACUUGUUUCUGUCUUUACAUCCCCAGUGUGUAGCCCCGUGCCUGGCACUCAGGCCAGACCAGCAUUCAGAAUGCUUACUGAAUGAGCAAGUGAAUAAAUGACGCGUGAUUGACAGUCUAGUUCAAACUUAGGUACAUCGUAGGUGCUCAGAUAGUCCUUGAGGACCCACAAAUGUGUCCAAUGUUUCAGGAAUUGUUAACGUUCAGAGAUGUGGCUGUGGUCUUCACCCCGGAGGAGUGGGGACACCUGCGCCCUGCCCAGAAGGAGCUGUACAGGGACGUGAUGCUGGAGAACUACAGGAACCUGGUCUGCCUGGGACUCGUCAUUUCCAAACCAGAUGUGAUAGAUCAGUUAGAACGAGGAGGGAAACUGUGGAUGCCAGAGGGAGAUGUCUUAAGAAGCACCUGUCCAGGCUGGGAGAGAAGGCCUGAAAUCAAACAGUCAGUCCCAAAGCUGGACAUUUCUUUGGAUGAGUUAUUCCAGGAAAACCUCGUAAGGGAUGGUACUUGUGCCUCCGAGUUGAGACAAACCUGGGAAUGUGGUUCCCAGUUAGAGAGGAAACAGAGCAGUGAGGAAAAAUCUCACGGAUGUAGUGAAUGUGGCAAGGCCUUCAGCCAGAAGACGCAUCUAACUCAGCACAGGAGAAUUCAUACUGGAGAGAAACCUUAUGAAUGUAAUGACUGUGGGAAAACCUUCCGCCUGAGUACAGCUCUUAAUCUGCAUCGAAGAAUUCAUACUGGAGAGAAACCUUAUGGAUGUAGUGAAUGUGGGAAAUUCUUUAGCCGGAGGACAAAUCUUACACGCCAUCAGAGCAUUCAUAUUACAGAGAAACCUUAUCAGUGUAAUGAAUGUGGUAAGGCUUUCUGCCAGACCAAAGAACUUACUCGACAUCAAAAGAUUCAUACAGGAGAGAAACCUUAUGAGUGUAAUGAAUGUGGGAAGGCUUUCUUUCAGAAGAGAGACCUUACUCGACAUCAGAAUGUUCAUACUGGAGAUAAACCUUAUACAUGUAAUCAGUGUGGCAAGACGUUUCGACAUAGUACAGUUCUAAUUGGGCAUCAGAGAGUUCAUUCUGGAGAGAAGCCUUAUGAAUGUAAGGAAUGUGGGAAGUCUUUUACUUGGAGAACAUAUCUUACUCGACACCUGAGAGUUCACACUGGAGAGAAACCUUUUCAGUGUAAUGAAUGUGGGAAGGCCUUCUUUCAGAAAAAAGGACUCACUCGACAUCAAAGGAUUCACACUGGAGAGAAACCUUAUGAAUGUAAUGAGUGUGGGAAGGCUUUCUACCGGAGGACAGACCUUACUCAGCAUCAACGCGUUCACACUGGAGAGAAGCCUUACCUGUGUAAAGAAUGUGGGAAGGCCUUUAACAGGAACACACACCUUACCCAACAUCAGCGAAUCCACAAGGGAGACAGACCUCAUCAAUGCACACAAUGUAGGAGGGCCUUCUUUCAGAUAAAGGAACUUGUUAGACACCAGAGAAUUCACACUGGAGAGAAACCUUAUGAAUGCACAGAAUGUAGGAAAGCCUUCUUCGAGAAAAAAGAACUUAACCGACACCAGCGGAUUCAUUCUGGAGAAAAACCUUAUGUAUGUGUAGAAUGUGGCAAGUCUUUCCUCCGAAAGACACAUCUUAGUGUGCACCAGAGAGUUCACACUGGAGAGAAACCUUAUCAGUGUGGUGAAUGUGGGAAGGCUUUUUGUCAGAGCUCAGCUCUCAAUCUACACCGGAGAAUUCACACCGGAGAGAAACCUUAUCAGUGUAGUCAAUGUGGGAAGGCUUUUUGCCAGAGCUCAGGUCUUCACCUACACCAGAGAGUUCACACUGGUGAGAAACCUUAUGAAUGUAAUGAAUGUGGGAAGGCUUUCUGCUUGAACACAGCUCUUACUGUGCAUCAGAGAGUUCACACAGGAGAAAAACCUUAUGAAUGUAAUGAAUGCGGGAAAUCCUUCAUUCGGAGGACUCACCUUACUAGACAUCAGAGGGUUCACAAUGGAGAGAAGCCUUAUGAAUGUAAUAAAUGUGAAAAGUCUUUUAGCCAGAGGUCACAUCUUACUAAACACCAGAAAGUUCACACUUGAGAGUUUGAUGAAUAAUGAACGGGAUGGGGAAAGCCUUCUCUUAGGAGUAUAGUUUUUUUGUUUACACUAGAAAUCUUUUGAAUGUAUAAGGAAUGUAGGAAUUUGACAUCAUGUAAUACUGGAGAGAAGCCUUAAUAAUGUAAAAUCUUCUGAAGAUCAUGGAUGUCAGAUUUUAAGCAUUGCACACACUUAGCUAAAAUUAGUAGAGCGCUAAGGAAAAGGAAACCUCAGAGAGAGAUCUCAAAUUUUCCAUAGUGGUUGUUCUAUAGUGGUUUUGUCUGCUCAAGUCCUCAAGCACUUCUCUUCUCCAUUCCCAUGUUUAUUUCAGGUGGCAAGCUAUUUUCUUAAAAAUUUUGGUAAAUCCCACAAAUUCUCUCUCAAUUUCUCUAUAAAUUCAGAAUCACUGUCUGUUUUUUUUCCCCCUUUUUAUCACAUAGAAAGAUGUUUUAGAUUCCUAAAUAUAGGUAGGAAGGGAUCACAGGAAUCACAUGAUUCAGCCCUCUCUUUUUAUAAGAUUGAGGACACGGGCCCGGAAGGUUAUAUGACUUUUUCAAGGUCACAUAAUAAGUGGUAAGAGGUUUCAACUCCAGGUGUUCUGACAGCCCAUGGUACCACACAGCCCCUUCUCUUUGGUAAGGCUUCUUUGCCUAUGCCCUUGCUUAAAUUUCUCCCUCAUGUUCUAGACCUUAUUCUAGAAAUAAUUCCCUCUGAAGCAUCUUCAGUCUUUCCACUGGCUCCUUGUCAGCUGCUAAUAGACAUGUUUUUGUCUCAUUGCAGGAUGUCCUAGCUCUGCCUUCCUUGGUUAACAAUUGAUUAUUUCUAGCUGUUUGAAUGGGAGGAAGCAGUAGAAUAGUUCACCCCUCUCCCACUUGUCUCCUGCCGGCAUAGGAAUGUUGGGAUGUGUGUGGCUGGGUGUCCCCGAGAGAUCCCGGGGACUGGACUGAUAAAGGCUGACUUCUGUGUCAGGCUGUGCUUUCACUUGUGUUACCUCCUGGCAGAGCUACCAGCAGGAGGUUGCAAAUGAAGAGAGGGAGGUGUGGCAUUGAGUUACAGCUUUGGGCCUUAGCAUUAGAGCAGGUGGCUAGAAGUGUGUGACCUAGUUUGACUAAAAGCAAUAGGUAGGGCUGCUGUAGUUUUUCUCUUUGGCCUUAUUUCAUGUCUACUCCCUGCUGUCUGCUGAGGGAGCAAGAACUCAGUGACUUCCCCUCUUCCUUGUUUACUUGCAAGGUCAAUGGGCACGUGGAGAUGCUGCUUCCAUCUUCUGAGCUGAGUGGAGAAGUAGAUCUGUUUCUCAUUUUCUCCCUUUCUUUUCCUCUGCUUCCCUCCUUUCUUUCCAGACUCCUCCUUCCUGCCCCCAACAUGAAUCCUCUCUACCAGUUCUGGAACCAUGAUCGAAUCUGCUCUGGCAUUGUUCUGGCCUCCAAGGGCCAGUGUGCUCCCCUCUGGCACCAUUGAGCUCUGCUGUAACCAAGGUGCCCCUUUGUGGCCACUGCCCCACUAUAUGUGCUUUCUCAGUAUGCCCACUGGAAUGUAAGCUUGUUGAGGGCAGUGUCUCUUGUUUUCUGAGUUAUCUUCCCAGUGCAUAGUAUGGCACUUGGCAUUUAAUAAAUGCUGUUUCAUUCAUUCAGUUCCCCAUUCCCUUGAGGUAAAAGUUUCCCAAGUUCCGGCAUCUGGCUCUCUUAUGCCAUACUUUCUGUUGAGACUCUCCCAUAGUUAAGGUAACCAAGGUAUAUACUUGUCUAAGGGGCCAGGAUUGAGGAAGAAAUCAGGAAAGGGGCUUGGACAGCAGCUGAGUGAUCUCAUAGAGUCAUAACCCAAACCUUCCCAACCUCAGCCAUGCACACACAGAGUUUGUUUUAGUGAUGUCCUUUUUGCACUAAUUUCUCUACACACACCACACAUCGAACCCUCAUAACAAAGGACGAGCAAAAAUGAACGCUUCUGAGAGUGUGUUCAACGUUCUUCACCUGCAACCCCUCCCCCUCUCUACCAAGGGGAGGAAAGUGGGUGUAUUUUGUUGUUUUCUCCAAGUUUUGCCAUUCUAAAAUUUCUGUCAGAAGUAUUUUAUCUCAGAAAAUACAGAUAAUGGACUGGUAGUCCUUGAAGUGAAACUUCAGACCAGACUCAAUGGUUAUCAACAGGCAGGGUUCUUUUCCCCGGGAGUCCAACUGGUCACAAAAGUAGGGAGCAGUUAGGAUGAUCAGUGCCUGAACUGAGGAAACUAUUCACAAGUAUGGUACUCCUGACUAGAAUAGCAGAAGUUGUAUUGUUAAAAGUAGACUGGGGCAAAUCCCAGAAUAUGCAGGUGUGUGCCAGAGCUAUUCUAAUAAUGAGAAAUGGUGGAAGCAGGGUAUCCUGCAUCAUUGAGUUACCUUUGGAAGGGGUGAGGGAGGAGCCGUGCAUGUGGACGAAAGAAUGGUAGAAUGGUAGAGAAUACUGAAUGUGAAGUGCUGUAUUUUAAAGGAAGAAAUUUUAUGUAUGGUUUAUGUUGCAAGCUUAUUCCUCACUGCUGCUAGCAGGAGCUAAGUGGACCAGGCACAUACUUAGAUAAAUCUAGGGUUCAUCUACAUUAUUCCCUGACCUCCAGUAACCUUGGUUAAGGAGGAACAAAUCUCAGGUUCCCCUGUCACCUUUCAGCAGAGUGCUUUUUGCUGUAUGGGUGUAGGAGAUGCCUGUUGAAACUCUUGCUCAUGCAGUGGUAGUUCUUUUGUAAUAGUAAUCUUAGAGAGUUGCUUGGGAUGCUGAAUGCAUAGCUGACUUGCUCAUGUUUGCACAACCAGUAUGUAUCAGAGGCAAGAGUGGAAGCCAAGUCCUCCAAGGCUGGUCUUCUGUCCCCUACACCAAAAAGCAUGGAUUUUUAAAAGAUAACAGUUAAAAGUUGAAUCCUCAUACUCUGUGUAAUGAAGGUGAGUAUCUUUGUGCUCGUUCACGAGGUUAAGAUUGAAUUAUCACUGUCAUUGUAGGCUGUGUGUUAGUGUUGUGUUGAUUUUUCCCAACAAUAAUGCAACAGGAUUUUAUGGGUGGAAAACCACCGUUAAAACUGUGAAUGGUAAUGGUCUGAAUUCAACCUGAAAAAUGAAGCAAGUUGCAGGAUACAUAAGAAGACAACACUAUAUUGCUUAAAAAUAACAACUAAAACAGAGAUUUAUAUAUACAAAUAAUGCUUAAAUCUGGUUUGCCUCAAAUGAAUUGUAAACAGCGGGAGUUGCAAUCAUCACUUCUGAUAAGGCAAAAAAUUGUUCAUGUUCUAAUGCAUAAAGAACUCAAUCAAAAGUAGAAAUGUUAAAUACUUUUUAGAUCUUUCUUAUUUGGACUUGUGAUUUCCUCAGAGAAUUCCUUAGUGUGUAAACUCCCUCCACUAAAGCAGAUUGGGAACUCAGCUGUAGUUUGUAGUGGCUUGAGGCAGAAUUUAACAUUUGCUCAGAGUCACUCAGCUAGUGUGUCAGAUGUAGGACUUGAAUCCAGGUCUUAACUCUAAGACUGUCUCUCUAUCCAUGUUUGUCUCAGAUCAUGACACAAUUAAAAAUUAUAACUGACAAGUUAAAAUAUGAACAAAGGGUAUAGACUUAAAUGGAACUUAAUGACAAGUAUUGAGCAGGUCAAAGACCAAACCACAGAAACAAUAAAAACAUUGUACAAGAGUGAUGUGGGCACGUGGUGAGAACAGUAUCCGAAGACUGUCCCAGGCAGAUUAGGCCAGCUCUUCCUUCCAAGUUAUUGACACCGCCCUCAAUUCAGUUCUCUCAGAGGACUAAGGCUUUGGCUGUUGAUAGAACUUUGAAGUCACCUUUGUGCAAAAACCGUCCAGGACACUUGGAGCUAUUAGUCUUCCCCCAGGAUUCUGACUACACCCACAGAGGAGACCUGUGCCCAAAGCUGUAACCUUGAAGAAUAAUUUUCCCCUGCUCUGAAUGCUCUUCCCUUCCUGUGGCUAAGUAAAUCUGUUGUUAACUGUC